AUGUCGACUCAAACAACAACACAAAUCUCGGUAGCUGAACAGCUCCGUCUGAAAGCCAGCAACAGCCCUGUCAACGACUGGCAGGCCGAUCUGGCUAGAGAUGGUUAUGCCGUGGUCAAAGGCGCCGUCGCAAAGGAAAAGGCUGCCGAAUACGCCCAGCGCAUGUACCAAUAUCUCGAGGACUUGUAUUNNAACCUCGGUUUCGACAGAAACGAUCGCUCCACAUGGAUUGCUCAACACUUACCUGAGAUCAACAACAAGGGUAUGUGCCUCGACUACGCCAUUGCACAUGAAGACUUCGUUUGGGAGAUUCGGUCGGAGCCUGGCGUCGUCGGAGCAUUCGAACAAUGGUUGAAGACCGAAGACCUGAUCGUCUCUUUCGAUGCUGUCAAUUUCGGCCUGACUGGUCGCAAGGACUUGGCUCCCAACACGCCAUGGCCCCACCAGGACCAAGACCCCACCAAGAAUGGUUUCCGCUGCUUGCAAGGUCUUGUAAACAUCCUCCCCAACGGACCUGACGACGGUGGUCUCAUUGUGUGCAAGGGUGCCCAUCUGUACAGCGAGCAAUUCCACCAAGAAGUUGGAUUUCCCGAGAAGGAACGCAACGAGCACAUUCCUGCCUGGAACCCCGAGUGGUAUGGCUUCACCGACAAUGGAAUGAAGUGGUUCGAGGAGAAAGGUCUUGAAUGGGUGAAGGUAUCUGCAGAGCCAGGUGACCUUUUGCUCUGGGACUCUCGAGUACCACACUACAACCUCAGCUCUACCACAGAUCAGAAUCGCUUCUGUGUGUACACUUGUUACAUGCCCGUUGCCGACGCAACUGAAGAGGAUUUGAAGCGCAAGAAGGUCGCUUUCGAGGGUUGGUUCGGCACCACCCACUGGCCCAACUGCCAGGUUACAGGAAGAAACCAAGCCAAGAGAAACGGUGAGCUUGAUCCUUACAACAGAACCGAGCCUGUCAACAAGCCUCAGUUGAGUGAGCGCGCAUAUCGUCUCACGGGUAUUCCUUACAUCAAAGCAUAG